AUGCCUGCUGAUCAAGUUGCUCGAGAUUACAUUUUGUACUUCGCCGAAAAAGUCCGACAACAAACAACAGCAGACAAGUACAAUGGAAAUCUCGCAGCCGAUGGCAAACAUCUAGGAUUAAGUCUCGAACAAUUCAAUACAGUGUUGAAAAUGAAAGGCGGCAUUACUCGAGAGUUAUUCAAAAACGUUGUGUCAGAACAUCGACGACAGAAUGAUCAUUGGAACAAAUUGCCAAACGACGCUCUAUUGAAAGAAAAAAAUGCUCAGUGCUAUCUUGUGAAAGCUUAUGAAAUUGUUGUGCGCACACUAUUGAAACAAACACUAUUUGAUAACACCGACGUUAUGCGGAAUCCAUACCGCAUUGAACUAAUGAAAUCAGAUACGGAUGCUGGCUUGUAUCGCAUGCAACUGCACUAUUGUCCCAAAAUAUGGUUUGACCUCGAAAACUUUGGUCUCGAUCUCCAAAACUGA